CUCUUCUUUCUCUUUUGCAGAAGCCGUAAGAGGUCUCUGCUUUGUAUCAAUAAACCCAACACCUCUAUUUCUCUCGAUAGAGAAGAAACCGAAACGAAGAUAGUGUAUCUAUCUCCGUCUCCGUCUCUUUCGUUGUCCCUAUUCGUCGAAGAUUCGGGUUCAAUUUCAUUGUAUUUGGUGCUUAAAUGAUGGAAAAUUUAGCUGUAAGCCAAGCAGAGUUAAGGAUCCAUUCAAAGGAAGAUGAGGUGGUAUUAGAUGUUGCAAAUGGAUCUUCGGUUGUUUCUUCUUCUUCUUCUGUGUUUCAGAGAAGGAUUGUGUUCCAACCCGCAAAAAAGCCGUUUGCUGGUUUUGGAAAUACCGGUGCUGGUAGCGAUUUUCGGAUUGAAACUCUAAAUUCUGAUUCGGGUUGUAAAAGGCCUUUCGGCUUGAACGCUUCUCAGUCAGGAAAGAAAGUGGAUGGCUCCGAUUUCGUGGAAAAUGGGCUCGAUCCAGAGCUUGGUUUCGGGAUUACUUUCAGGAAAAUUGGUGCUGGUUUGGAAAAUCUUGGGAACACUUGUUUUCUCAAUUCAGUAUUGCAGUGUCUAACAUAUACUGAGCCUUUGGCAGCAUAUUUGCAAAGCGGCAAGCAUCAAAAUUCAUGCCAUAUUGCUGGUUUUUGUGCACUGUGUGCGAUCCAGAAACAUGUUAGCCGUGCUCUACAAUCAACAGGGAGAUCACUAGUACCCAAGGAUCUCGUCUCUAACUUGCGGUGCAUAUCACGGAACUUCAGAAAUGCUAGGCAGGAGGAUGCUCAUGAGUACAUGGUAAACUUGUUGGAAUCAAUGCAUAAGUGCUGCUUACCUUCGGGAGUACCGAGUGAAUCUCCUGCUGCUUAUGAAAAGAGUUUGGUGCACAAAAUCUUUGGCGGUCGCCUUCGGAGUCAGGUGGAAUGUCAACAAUGUUCAUACUGCUCCAACAAAUUUGAUCCAUUUUUAGAUUUAAGCCUUGAAAUAGUUAAGGCAGAUACUUUGCCUGUCGCACUUCGAAACUUUACUGCUGCGGAGCUGCUAGAUGGAGGAGAGAAGCAUUAUCAGUGCCAGAGAUGCAAGCAGAAAGUUAGGGCUAAAAAGCGUCUUACAGUACACAAGGCUCCAUAUGUGCUUACUGUCCAUCUGAAGCGCUUCCACGCACAUGAUCCCGGACGGAAAUAUGACAAGAAAGUUUUGUUUGAUCGUUCUUUAGACAUGAAACCUUUUGUCAGCGGUUCCUAUGAAGGAGACUUGAAAUACAGUCUGUAUGGUGUUCUGGUACAUUUUGGUCAUAGUACCCAUUCUGGUCACUAUGUCUGUUUUGUUCGCACAUCAAGUGGUAUUUGGUAUCUCCUCAAUGACAAUGAGGUUCGCGCUGUUAGUGAGAAAACGGUUCUAGAUCAGAAGGCUUACAUGCUAUUUUAUGUCCGUGAUAGAAAAAAUAUUGCUACAAGAAAGCCUGUUGAUGUGGUUAAAAAAGAAAAUGUGAAACCAUCUGUUGGAAGUAACAUUACAAAUUUGGUUUUCAAGCAGUUGUCAAAGGAAAAUGCAGAUAAUGGUUUGACUGUUAAUGGAGUUCUUCCUGCAGGUUCUACCCAUGCAGUUUAUAAAAAAGAUUCAGUAAAUUCUGGUACAUCCAAGGGGAUCCAUGAGAACCAAGCAUUAAAUGGACCAGCAGUUUCACAGUGCACAGUGACAAAAGAAAAUCCUUGUGCGGGAACCUCUGGUUCACCAUUGCUGAAGGACCCAUCAAAAGUAGUUUCUCUAAAACCAGAUCUGCUAGAAACCUUGCCACCUUCAGAACCAUCCAUUAACAGCAACAGUGAGACUGCUAAAGUUGAUAAUGCUAAUGUCACAGCUGGAGCCAAAAGUGACUGUCUUCAGGCAUCCAAAAACACUCUGGCUGGAAACCUUGGCACAAAUGAUACCUCAGAAAAAAAGCUCUUAAAUCUGGGAACAAUGGAAGUUCCAAUACUGUCUCUAUCUGUGGAUUCUGGUGAAAAAAUGUUGAAUAAGAUAGACUAUGUAAAAUCGCCAAACAAACCUAGUUGUGAAAGUGGUCAGGGUGAAUGCAUUGCCAGUAGUAGUGCUGCUGGAAAUUCAUUUGGUGAUCAGGCUGGUGAUAGUGUUGAACAAAUUGGGAAUGAGAUUGUUCAGUCAUCAUCAGCAUCAGUCGUACCAAAUGAAUCUCUACAGAAGAAAGUUCCUGAUUCCUCACCUCAACAGAAGUUAAAAAAGAAACUUUUGAAGCACGGGAUUCCAAACAUGCAUCUACAAAAAUUCUUUAGAGCAUCUUUGGGGCUACGGAAAAAGAAAAAACAUAAAAAGAGCAAGCGUUGCACUUUAGAGACCCAAUACCUUAUUAAAGAACAGUUGCUGGAGAGUAAUUGCUUUUCUUCAGAGGUUGGGCCGUCUACAUCAAAUGCAUCCAUGUUAGUUUCAUCGGAUUCUACAAAAUCUCAAAGGAAGAAGGUUAAAUCCCGUUCCAAGUCUAGAGGAAAUUAUCUGAUGGAUACUGCGCAUGAAAGACUUGAGAAGAGAAAUGAGCAGAAUGGUGAUGCAGUUGCAAUGGAUAGAGAGUCAAAGAAGAGCUCUUUUUCAACAUCUGAAACAAACCAACGUGAUUCAAGUGUACUUGAUCGAACAGAAAGUAACAAAAAGGACGCGGUAGAUAAUGGGAUGUAUAUGCUUACACGAGGCAUGGAAGAGACAACUGUUGCAUGUUGGGACGGGAUAGUGUGGCCUACAUCUCAGAUUGUGGAAUCAAGUAGCAUUGAAAAUAUCCACAUUGGUUACGUGCCAGAUGAGUGGGAUGAAGAGUAUGAUCGAGGCAAGAGAAAGAAGGUGAGGCAAAAUAAGCACGACUUUACCGGGCCAAAUCCUUUCCAAGAAAUUGCAAGCAGAAAAUUAGAAUUUAAGAAGGCUAAGAUGGAUCGAUCUAGCUCCGGAAACAAACCAUUCAGGAUAUGAACUAGUUUGUGUCGAAGUGGAGCAACAUGAUUUGUCGACAUGCUGUUAUAUUGUGUAUGUAGCAAUUAUUGCUGUGUUAUCAUCAAGUUUUGUAAUUUUUGUUUUCUUUUAUUUAUAGUUAUUGAAAGGGAAGAAUUAGAAACGGAAUGAGAGGGAGGAGGGUGCUGGGAUGAAAGACUUUUAGGUCCAAAUAUAUGAUGUUAGAAGACCAAGAUGAAAAAGCAUUUCCUGUUGAGGAAUGUAGUGCUAUUCUGCUUCAUUGCUAACUAAUUGAAGAACAUUCUAUUAUGAUUCAUUUGACGUAUUGUCAAAGUUAUAAUUUAAA